AUGGCUCAAAACAACAGUUUGACCUACUCAACUGGCCCAACCCUCCCGCCCCAAACCAUCGUGGGUAGCUCACACGCCACCACCGUGGGCGCCGUCAUCCUGACCCUCGUCUUCCUCUUGGGCUUCCCCGGGAAUGUCUUUGUCAUCUGGAGCAUCCUGGCCCGGGCUCGGAAGCAGUCCAUCACCACUCUCCUCAUCCUCAACCUGGCCAUCGCAGACGGCUCGCUGAUGGCCCUCACCCCGUUCUUCAUCGUCUACCUGGCGAUGAAGAGAUGGGUGUUUCAGACAGCCAUGUGCAAGAUCCUCUUCUACCUGUGUCUGGUCAACAUGUACGCCUCCAUCUAUAUCAUCAUGCUGAUGAGCCUCUACCGGCUGGUGGCUAUCCUGUGGCCGCUGCGCAUCAGCCCGGUCACCGGCCUGAGGACGACCCUGCGGGUGCUGGCUGUGAUGUGGGUGCUGGUGAUCGUCGCCUCGAUUCCUGCGAUCAUCUUCAGAGAUUCACGUGAGAUUCCUCUGAAUAUCUCAGGAGCUUCGCGUGGAAAGCCCAUGGUGUGCGACUCAUUCCAUGAAACCGACAAAGAAACGGUCCUGCAGUACAUGCUGGAGCUCGUGUUGGGCUGCUUUAUUCCAUAUGGCGUCAUUUUAGUCAGCUACAUCUGCAUCUUACGUCGAAUCCGACAGUCCAAGUUCCGGCGUCGGAUUCGCAGUGAGAAGCUCAUCCUCGCCAUCGUGUUGGUUUUCUGCCUCCUGUGGUUGCCAUACCACCUCAUCAACAUGGUGCAAAUUACAUCGGCUUUGUGGCCAAAAGGUCCAGUAAGAGAGACGCUGGAUAAAAUCUGGAAAGUCAGCCGUGCAGUCACUUCCUCCAUAGCCUUCAUCAGCAGCUCCGUCAACCCGGUGCUCUACUUCUUCGCAGGAAAGUCUUACAUCCGUCGGGAGGGGUUGGAGUUCAUGGCCCGCUUGUUCGAGGGCACGGGGGCGGACUCCGCGAGCAGGAAGAGCCGACAGAACAGCCAGAACAGUCGCGACAAGGAGAAAGACGCGGAUGCUGUCAUGCUCAAGGACAAAGGCCGAGACUCGUUAACCAACUCGAGCUCUACUGCCAAACCCGUGAAGAAUGGCAAGUAG